AUGGCUGUCGUCAGAUGGGGCAUCGACGACCCUGAAAACCCUCGCAACAGGGAUAACCCGGAGCUCGCGAACCAGCUGGAGGAGGAGCGCAUCAACUUCAAGGGCACCGCUAUCAAAGGCGCUAUUCGUACCAACCCUGAUGGCAUUAUCAUGAGAUCCAGAUCUGGAGAAGAGAACGUCGAGAACGAGCCCGAGCUCAGGGAUCAAGCAGGCGCUGAGCGCUCCAUCAGCGAGGCGAACGCGCAUGUCAACACGAUCGCAGAACAGGAAGACGAGCACGAACACGAGAACCACUCGGCCGUCGAAGAUGACGUUGGUUCCCUUAGCCCCUACAGCUACGUAUCCUACAGCUCCGUCUCAAGCACCGACGAGCGUGUUCUGCCUCCUGGCUGGCUGCGUGGUAUCAUGUCUGACGGCAGUCGUAUCUGGUACACUGCUGCAAGAUUCUCGGGACCCAUCAUCAAUGAGACGCCAACACAGGUUCCUGAUGACUAUGUGUUCAACGAGCAUACUCAACGCUGGGAGCCCUUCUAUGAGCUGUAG